AUGAAGCUUUCCGUCAUUCUGCUCCUCGGGGGAGCCUCUUUGAUUAUUGCUGCCCCUACCGGCGUUCUGAAUGAGGAUAAACGCGAGGCCAGCAUUUCUUUCCUGGAAUCUACUCAUUACAAGAAGUCUCCCAACGCCGAAGCAGAAGCGGCACCUGCCAUUGAGUUUCUUGAUUCGGUUCAUUAUAAGCGAAGUCCCGAAGCCGAGGCAGAUGCCAAGCCUGCGAUCAGCUUCCUGGAGUCUGUCCACUACAAGCGUUCCCCUGAGGCGGACGCUAAGCCAGCCAUUUCAUUCGUCGAAUCAGUCCACUACAAGAAGGAGGCAGAGGCCGCUGCCGAGCCUGCUAUUGAGUUCCUCGAUUCCGUCCAUUACUAA